GCUCCCCCAACCCUACCUAGCCGCUGCCUGGCUGGGGCACAGGAGAACAGGUUCUGCCCCUCGCCAUUGGUGCUGACCGAGCAGCACGGUGCUUCUAGGCAGCCAAUGGGAGCCCAGGUCUGGCUGGUCCAGGAUGAAGAGGAGAGAGGGGCGGGGCUCAGAUGGAUGGAGAAGCUCUGGUCCAUCCCAAGAGCGGCCCAAUCCUAGCUGGGGGGCCUAGCGUGUGCCGGUGGGGGCUGGGUGUGGCCUAUAGAUAUUGAUUUCUUCCCCUCCUUCUGCUUCCUCCUAAGGAGGACUCUCUACACCCUAGAUAAACCCUGCCCACUUCCUCAUUGGGGGCAGAUUAAUGACAGAGGCGUCCUCCCAGGACCCAGAUUUAUGGGAACCAGAACCUGCUUCCUGAAGGCCUCUGAGCCACUCGGCGGGCCCCCGUAGCUCAAGGAACCCUCCGCACCCACGAUCCUGCCUGCCAGCGUCUGGGAGCUGACGCCUGGAGCCAAGCACCAUGGAGCAGCCCCUUCUAAGAAGUGAGACUCCCGACUAUGAGACCUUCUCGGAAAAGUCAGAGCAGGAACAAGAACAGAAUUAUAUCAGAACCCUGAAGAAUAAGCGGCUGUUUCUGGCCACCUUUGCAGCAGUACUGGGAAAUUUCAGCUUUGGCUAUGCCCUGGUCUACACAUCCCCAGUCAUCCCAGCUCUUGAGAGAUCCCCCAACCCAGCUUUAAGAAUGAACAAGACAGAGUCUUCCUGGUUUGGGUCUGUAUUCACGUUGGGAGCAGCCGCUGGCGGCCUCAGUGCCAUGGUACUCAACGACCUCCUGGGCAGGAAGCUCAGCAUCAUGUUCUCUGCUGUACCCUCAGUUAUUGGCUAUGCCCUCAUGGCCGGCGCUCAGGGUCUAUGGAUGCUCUUGCUGGGAAGGACUCUGACCGGCUUUGCAGGAGGUCUCACCGCUGCCUGUAUCCCAGUCUAUGUGUCCGAGAUCUCCCACCCUGGCGUUCGGGGGGCUCUGGGGGCUACGCCCCAGAUCAUGGCCGUCUUUGGGUCCCUCCUGCUUUAUGCUCUGGGCUUGAAGGUGCCCUGGCGCUGGCUGGCAGUGGCCGGAGAGGUGCCCGUGGUUGUCAUGAUGGUACUUCUAUGCUUUAUGCCCAACUCGCCUCGAUUCCUCCUCUCCCAGGGCAAGGAGGAGGAGGCCCUGGAAGCCCUGGCCUGGCUCCGAGGAAGGGACACUGACUUCCACAGAGAAUUCCAGCAGAUCCAGAACAGUGUCCAGCAACAGAGCAGCAGACUGUCGUGGGCGGAGCUGCGGGACCCCUUCAUCUACAAGCCCAUCGCCAUCGCAGUUCUGAUGCGAUUCCUGCAGCAGCUCACCGGCGUCACGCCCAUCCUGGUGUACCUGCAGUCUAUCUUCCACAGCACGGCCGUCCUGCUGCCCGCGGAGGAGGACGCUGCCAUCGUGGGGGCCGUGAGGCUGGUCUCGGUGCUCAUCGCAGCCACCACCAUGGACAAAGCCGGCCGGAAGAUCCUUCUCUUCGUCUCAGCCUCCAUGAUGCUCGUGGCAAACCUGGUCCUGGGACUCUAUGUCCAGCUCAGCCCGCAGCCUCCAGCCCCCAACGCCACCGUGGAUCUGAGCGGCGGAGCCCUGGAAGCGUCGGGCUCAGGCAGCUACCUGAUGCUGGUUCCCCUCUUGGCCACCAUGCUCUUCAUCAUGGGCUAUGCCAUGGGCUGGGGCCCCAUCACAUGGCUCCUCAUGUCUGAGAUCCUCCCCCUGAAGGCCCGAGGGGUGGCCUCUGGGCUCUGUGUGCUGGUCAGCUGGCUCACGGCCUUCGUGCUCACCAAGUCCUUCCUGCUGGUGGUGAAUGCCUUUGGCCUUCAGGUCCCAUUUUACUUCUUUGCUGCCAUCUGUCUGGUGAAUCUGGUCUUCACAGGCUGCUGCGUGCCAGAAACCAGGCGCCGGUCCUUGGAACAAAUUGAAUCGUUCUUCCGCACGGGGCGAAAGUCAUUCCUGAGAUAGGGAGGUGCUUCAGCCUCCAGGCCAGGAGGGGCAUCAGGCUCUGGGACGCUAGGGGUUCCUCAGAAGCAGGACACGGGAGGUACUAGCAAAACCAGCUGGAAUUGGGAAAAACAGAGACCAAAACAUUCCGGCCAACAAGUGGUUCCCAGCUCCGAGUCACCAGAGAUUCCUGGCCUUGGCAGAUUUGAAUGUGGUCCUUCCCCUCCACCUGGAGCCCACAAUGCCCUCCAAUGGCUGGCUUCUGUGGAGCAAGUGGGCACGUCCCAGGAAGAAGUCCAGAGACAAGGGGCUAGCUCUUACUAACCAAUGGGGAUCAAGGAAUCAAGAUCGGAGAGAACACCGGGAAAGGAAAAGUGCCAGAUGGUAAUCCUGGCUCUGCCACUGACAAGUUGCUUCACCCCUUUCUCACCCUGUACAAUGGGCAUCCUAAUUCCUACCUUGCCUGCCCCAUUCACAACAGAGCAAGCCUGAGGAUCAAAGAAAAUCAUGAAUUUGACUGCAUUUUGGAAACCACAGAAACUUAGGAUGCCAUGAGAAAUUUUGUUACUGACUGGGACGCACCUUUAGGGGAAUACGAGUUCUAGGGCCUGGUGAAGCACGGAUCUACUCACCGAUGUGUGGUCAAUGGAUGUUGCCUGGGACAUUUCUCAAAGACCCCAGAGACCCAAAGGGGAAGCAGAACAUGCUCAAUGCCUCCAUCUACAAACGGGCUCUAUGAGUUUACAGGGGAGCUGUUGAACCCAGAACCCCAGACUGGGUGGAAAGCUGUGUCCUAGCUCCAUGAGUUUUUCCCCAUUGACCUCGCAUUGCCUUUUCCCUUUAUGGGAGUGAGUAUGGGAGUUGGCCAGUCCACAGUGUCAUUAGAGGGAACAAAGAGAAUGAAAACACCCUCCUGCUGCUCAAAACUCACCCAAAUUCCAUAAGAAGUCCAUGUCUAAAGCCUUUAUAAAUGAUGUGUUUUAUGCAUUAUUUUCACUGGGGUUGUGUUGCAGUAAGGCCAAGUUGUCCCAAACCAUCCAUUUGUCCAGCUGCCUGAUGAUUAAUAAAUUUUCAAAAUAAUUGUCUGGGAUCAGAGUUCAAUCUGUAGUCAUAGAACAGAGCAAACCCCUUUUUCCUACUAUGUAAAAUUUCAGGAUAAUCUUUUCAUAAGAUGGAGUUGGAUAGAUAUUCCUGAAAAUCACUCCCAGUCCUGACAUGCUAUGAUUCUGGGAGUAAAGCUCCCUGGCCCACAAGAUAGACUGAAUGCAUAACUUGAUUUGUUUUGUACAGAAUUGCCUAACUAGCUUACUUGUCUACUUUGAAAUGAAAACCAAAAUAAAACUUUCAGAGGGCACAGGUCAAA